AUGAGUGUACGUUGCUCUUGUUGCUUCAAACCAUAUUCGGUUGGCUAUGGUUACGCGCUUGCGCUACGAUUAUGUUUCAAUGUCGCAGCGCAGCGAUGUACGACGUUCCACGACGGAAAGGCUGGUGGUUUCGGAAAUGAUUUCGAAGUCAAGGAAAUGUGCUUUGUUCAGUGCAAGAAACAGUCAGGUGGAGAGAUAAUAACUGCAGUUUGCUGCACCACGCACUAUCAUUCUUAG